UAAGCAUGACUCACGAAAAAGAUGGCGAUGACGAUUGUUGCAAAUUUGAACCGGUAAAUUUGUAAUGAAAGAGUAGGUUAGGUUGGUGGGAUUUAAGAUUAGGUUAGAUUUAAAACACUACUUACUCCGUUGUUAUCAUUUUUGUGCGCCAUUGAAACUUUUGCUCUAGUGCAAUUUAACGUGAGUUCCAGAAGAUAGUUUCAUCUCUCAGUCGAAUAAGGUUAAUUUAACGUUGCGCAGAGAGAUUCGUAGGAAAAAGAAAAGAAGCAAAAUCAGGCCAUUGACAUUAUCUCGCUUCACACAUUUCUGUGGGAAAAAUAUUCGAGGAGGUUACGCACGGAUACUGUGUCGACUACGAAGCGAACUAGCGGAAAUACGUACAAGGCCAGAGCAAAUAGCCGCACUAGUAACUACACUAUGCCUGAUGCUUGAUAAUUUACGUGACCUUACGAGCUAUCGCAAGACACCUUUAUCGCUUCAAGACUGAUUAGCUAUUGUAAAAUUGUCGGAGCAGCGUGACGCAGACGGGAGAAGCAUGAUAAGAUUAUCAAAGUGUAGGUUCCUUUACGUGUGUUACCGUUUGUCGUAACGCGUCGUAUUCCUGUAAGCCGGUCUGUGAGCGACGGAUUUGAGCGAGAGAGAAAAAGAGAGAAGGACAGAGAUCGGCAAGGCUUCGACACACGAUGACGGAACACGAGCAGAAUGCGAUGUUUGUGCGCGUGGCAUCGGCGUUCUUUUAUGGGCUGUCGUCAUUCAUGAUAACCGUCGUCAACAAAACUGUGCUCACGUCGUUUGGCUUCCCAUCCUUCCAAGUGUUGGGCAUCGGCCAGAUGUUGGCGACGAUACUGGUGCUGUUCGUGGCCAAGAGACUACAUUACGUGGAGUACCCGAAUCUGGAAACGACAACGUUCACGAAGAUAUGGCCGUUGCCGUUCAUCUACAUCGGCAAUAUGAUAUUCGGACUGGGUGGCACGAAGCAACUGAGCCUGCCUAUGUUCACUGCGCUCAGACGGUUUAGUAUACUCAUGACGAUGAUCGCCGAGUACUAUAUUCUGGGCAUCAAGGCGCGACUGUCCAUACAGUUGAGCGUCUACACAAUGAUUCUGGGUGCAGUAGUGGCUGCGCUCAACGAUCUGGCCUUCAACCUGGAGGGUUACAUAUUCAUCUUGUUGAAUGACUUCUUCACCGCCGCUAAUGGCGUGUUCAUGAAGAAGAAACUAGAUUCCAAGGAGUUAGGGAAGUACGGAUUAAUGUACUACAAUUCUCUCUUCAUGCUCGGGCCGACGCUCCUGUUGGCCUGGUGGAUGGGUGACCUUGCUCAAGCUCUAGACUUUCCCGACUGGACGAAUCUAAUGUUCGUCCUGCAGUUCAUUUUGUCGUGUGUGAUGGGCUUCAUACUGUCGUAUAGUAUGAUCCUCUGUACUUUGUACAAUUCUGCGCUGACCACCACUAUAAUCGGCUGCCUGAAGAACAUAUGCGUGACAUAUCUCGGCAUGGUGAUCGGCGGCGAUUACAUAUUCUCGUGGUUGAACUUUGUAGGUUUAAACUUGAGCGUGGUUGGUAGCUUAGUGUACACCUGGGUGACAUUCCGUAAGAGAGACACUCUGUCACCAAAGUUCACUCUGCUGACGGAGUCUCAGGCCGGCAAGAUACAAGCCCGCGUGUGUGUACGAUCAAACGUGUUCAUCUCGCUCGGUUUUUCAGGCCGUUUCGCGACAACCUCGACUAGCAAGGCAUUCCUGGAAGAUUAUGCCAAACAUCAUGUAUCCCUAUCCCCUCUGCAGCGUGUGCUGCUCACGGUGGGCUCGGCGGCGGUUUCGUUGGCGAACCCGUAUCGAGGAGACAUGAUAGCGUGUCUCGGGGAAGUGACCGGCACGAACGCCCUUGUACAUUGUCAUCGAAUGCUCAAGAGCACGGCCGAGGGUCAGCGUAUACUCGAGCAAAAGCCACGCGUAAACACGUCCACUGUCAAUCUGUCUUACCUCAAAGACUUGCCGCCAGGAACCGUCGGCAGAACGUAUCGCGAUUUCUUGGAUAACAAUAAUGUAUCACCCGACGAUCGAAUAGCGGUGCAAUACGUCGACGAUGUCGAGCUGGCGUACGUGAUGCAACGGUAUCGUGAGGUACACGAUAUCUUUCACGCUGUCCUCUUAAUGCCGACGACGAUGCUGGGAGAGGUGUCGGUUAAGUGGGUGGAGGCCUUGCAGACGCGCUUGCCGAUGUGCGUGACCGGCGCGAUAUUCGGUGCCAUUCGACUACGUUCUAGGCAGAGGCAAUUGUACGUGAAACAUUACCUGCCAUGGUCUGUAAACACGGGUAAAAAUGCAAAGUUUCUAUUGGGAGUCUAUUACGAAGAACGCUGGGAACAGUCGCUCGAAGAUUUUCACAAAGAAAUGAACAUUGCGCGUCUAGUAUGAUAAAAAUGGCACUUAAUUUUGAAUAUUAAUAAUUGUUGUUAUACAUAGUCAAGUAAAAUAAUGAUGAUUAUUGUUGAGGAUAA